CUUCACAUCGCCGUCAUUCCCCUGCCUUCCUCUAUCGCAUAGUAUUCUCGCUCUAACACGUCAUGUUCCGCUUCCGUCGUCUACCGUCUGCUCCAGACGGGAUCUAUUCAUCCAGCCUCGAGACCCUCUGCCUCGGUCACGCCCUCUGGUACCCGGAGCCGCAUGUGACGGGGGAGGUACAAAUCGGCGACGUGGGCUUCAUUCGCGACGGCGCAUUUGUCAGGCUGUUCAAUCUUGAUACCUCUGCGCCCGAGAAGAAGGUCAAGUUCUGGCCGAUACCUUUUGAGGACAUAGAGCCCUUGCCUCCGAGCGUACUGCAAAUCGACUCCAGAAGCAGCCCACUCGUCCCCGAUCAUUAUUGCAGCCAUGGGGUGGAGGGCAAAGAGAUACAUGCCUCCGUGGACGUGUGAGUACACUGGU